AUGAUUUCAUAUUCGCGCUAAAAAAUGACACAAAUACAUAAGGAAGGGUGCAGUGCCGAGUCUAAAAACAGCAACAAAAUUUCGUGCACCAAAAAAACAAGAAAAACACCAACAAACAUUUUGGUCAGAUUUCGUCUGACGCCUUUCCACGCACAGGGAAAGCAUCUCUUCUUUUCUUCAUCAAUUCGUAAAUGUUAAUGUUUCAAUAGUUUCCUUUUCAUUAUUCUGGGCCUAUUUAAUCGCCCUGUUUCUUGGAGUUUUUCCUUUUGCUUCAGGCAAACUUGAGCAUUUGCUCGGAAAUUACCACAUUUUGUGCAAGUCAGAAUCAAGAUUGUUGAUAAUUUCGGUUCUGGGCAGCCUAGAUUCUUGGUGAAAAGGAUUAAAAUUUCGUUCUUGAUCGAAAUGUGGUUAAUCGCAGAUCUGAAAUUGGUGUAAUGCAAUGAGAAGCAUUUUGCAGAAGAGGGAAUAUGAGGUUUCAAAUGAUAAUUAUAAGAGGAGGUUUUAUAUAUAUGGCGUUUGUGUUUGUGCUUGUGCUUGUGCUUUCGAUUACAUCGGCGAUGGGUGUGGAGAGCAAGGACCAAGAAACCUUACUUUCAUCUUUGAUGGACGCAGGGGAGAUCAAUCAAGAGAUGGCUGAAUCACUACGGAGUGACUGCAAGAACGAGCUAUCAAAUGGGAAGAAAACCUUGCAGGAUAUUGAGUUAUGUUUCACAAAGGAGAGGUCGUUUCGUCGUGAGGAGCUUUAUGGUGGGUCGUCCAGAGUAAAGACGCUGGAUGCUCGCAAUGUCAUGUGCCCUCAGGUUAAGAAAAUCCUUGCAGAUUGUAUACGGGAUAAAAACCUAGUGCUUCCUGUCACAGGAGAGAAGAAGGAUUUGAAAACUUUACCAUCUUCUCCCAGACGGCGUGAGUUAGCUGAGAAAUCCAGUGAAUCAGCCGAUCCAGUCCCAACCAUCAUGCUUGCUGUCGGUGUCACUGCGUCCCUGACCUUUAUUGUUUCUAUUCUGCUGUUUUAUUUCUGCUGCGGGGGUAGCUUUGCAGCUGGUCGAACCGAUGAGAGAGCUCUCCUCAGCUUAGCCUUAAGCGACACAUCUAUUGCCUCCUCGGGGAAGUCAUUGACAUUAGGAACAUCAUCAAAUGAAGAAAAGCUCGAUAGUCAGUCUUUCAGCAGCAGCUUGGGGAAUACCAAAAGUAGCGGGACCUUACACUUAGAAUCGCGGUCUUUGGGCGAUCUGAACCAUAGUAGUAGCAGCGGAAACUUAUCUUUGGAGUUGGACGAAGCAUGUUCUCUGAAUGAUGCACUUACUCAGAGUAACUCAAUCACUCUGAGCAGCUCCAAAAAAGAGAAUCUGCUUGGAAUCUCUGCAGACGAUGCUGCUCAGGCAUCGCCUGGAGAGACGGGGACACCUGCAUUUCCACCUCUUAAGCCGCCUCCUGGAAGAAUAACCCCUGUCAACCCUCCUCCUCCAGUUAGCUCGGCUCCUCCCCAGCCGCCAACUGCAGCUCUCAGUACACCGAGUCCACUAGCUCCAAUGGCUCCAGCACCCCCACCUCCCAUGAAUGCUCCUGGGGCACCCCCACCUCCUAGAGCUCCCGGUGGUCCACGUCCUCCAGGACCUCCACCACCACCUGGCCCCAGGGGGGGUGGUGGACCCCCACCGCCUCCAGGUGUUGGAGGUGCUCCACGGCCUCCUGGCGUGAGGCCUCCUAGGGGUGCACAACAUGCACCGAGCUCCUCCACGGGAAAUAUUGAUGUCAAUGGUUCUAUGAUGAAGCUGAAACCUUUCUUCUGGGACAAGGUGAAUACCAGUGCUGAUGAUUCAAUGGUUUGGAAUCAGCUCAAAGGCGGAUCCUUCCAGUUCAAUGAAGAGAUGAUCGAAACCCUAUUUGGAUAUGCCCCAGCUAGUAAUAACAAGCUUCCGACAAAGAAAGAUGCUUCCCAAGAGGCUCCUAAGUUCAUUCAAAUAGUUGAUGCCAAGAAGGCACAGAAUCUGUCGAUUAUGCUUAAGGCAUUAUGCGUGACUACAGAUGAAGUCCGUGAUGCACUCGAAGAAGGUAACGAGCUUCCUGCAGAACUUAUUCUGACAUUGUUAAAGAUGGCGCCUACUUCUGAAGAAGAACUAAAACUGCGACUCUUCACGGGUGACUUGACCCUGUUAGGUCCUGCAGAACGCUUUCUAAAGGUCAUAGUUGAUAUUCCAUACGCGUAUAAGAGGCUAGAAUGUCUUUCUUUCAUGGGCGUCCUUGAGGAGGAGUCGGCCACACUAAAAGAUUCUUUUAAGGUUUUGGAGGCUGCAUGCACUGAACUGCAUAAAAACAGAUUGUUUCUCAAACUUCUUGAAGCAGUUCUGAAAACUGGUAAUCGCAUGAACAGUGGCACGUUUCGUGGUGGUGCACAAGCAUUUAAGCUCGACACGCUUCUAAAGUUAUCGGAUGUGAAAGGAUUAGACGGAAAAACCACGUUGCUGCACUUUGUCGUUCAAGAAAUAAUCCGAGGGGAAGGCAUAAGAGCUGCUCGAGCACAACACGAGAUGCGAAGCAUGUCCAGCGUUGUGUCUGAAGAUCUUGACAACGGUCCUAUCCUAGAUACAGAUGAUAAUUUAAGGAGCCUCGGUCUUCAGGCCGUCUCGCGUCUUGGAAAUGAUCUCGAGGUUGUGAAAAGAGCUGCAGUUUUAGAAAUUGAUAACUUAACUGGGACAGUGGGAAGGCUCGGUUAUGCACUUGUGAAAGCGCGGGAUUUCCUCAACACAGAGAUGAAGACGAUAGAGGGAGAAGACAGGGGGUUUGAAGCCACAUUGAGGAGUUUUGUGGAGAAUUCUGAGGCUAAUGUCAGGUGGUUGCUAGAGGAAGAGAAACGAAUAACCACGCUCAUCAAGAGCACUGCGGAUUACUUUCAUGGAUCUUCAGGUAGGGUUGAUGAAGGAUUGCGAUUAUUCUCAGUCGUUCGCGAUUUCCUUGUGAUACUAGAUAAGGUAUGCCUUGAAGUUAAAACCACACCAGCAAAGCCAAAGGAGCAAAAGCCGAAAGAGGUGAAGCCUAAAGAAGAGGAAAAGCCUAAAGAUGAGAAGCCUAAUACAUCGGCUCUGAAAGAGGAUACAGUUGCUGCGCCUCCGGUUCAGCUCCCCCCAGCGGCCGUAGCUAGUGGAGGUGCGGCUAGCCCGGAUAGCUCAGAUGAUUCAGAUGAGUCAGACAAUUCAAGUUCAGAGGAGGAUACAUCAACUACCAAAGAUGAUCCAGUUGUCACCUCAAAAAUCAACACCUCCAGUCCCAGUCGUACCUAAUACGCAUCCUGAUAGUUCAGAGGAUUCGAGUUCUAAAGAAGAGGAUACGGCAAACACAUCAACUACAAAAGAAGAGAGCCUUACUAGUGCAUCAACUGUGAAGGAGGGUCUUCCGGAUAGUUGAGACGAAACGACGAGGACAAGGGCUGAUGUUACUUAAAUCAGAAAAAAAAAAGAAGCAAGUGUAAGGAAGCCAUGCAACCUCUUCACUGGUAUACAAGUUGAUGUCUAAGAGAAAGUGGUAGCAUAUCUUCUUUGAUUAGGGUGAUAAUUGGGCAUUGAUGAUUUUGGAAUGUGUAGGAAAACUUUGUAUUAUCUUCCCACUUGGGUUUGUAUAAUCUUGUAGCUUUAUGUUGUUUCUUGCAGGGCUUCCAUUAGAUUACUAGAAAUAGAUAGCUCUUUUGUUAAUGUACAGAUAUGAUUCAAAUUUCAAAUCAUCGCUGCCGUGUGACGUACCUUGUUUUAUGUAUUCCAUUAUUCUCUUUUCUUCUUAGCAUGUGAAAGUGAUUUUGUGCAUUCAUUCCAAUUAAUCAUAUGGAAACUUUAAAGUUUCAUAAGCUUGAAUUCCACAAUGUAACUUCUAAACGCCAAAUGUAAUAAAAUUGAGCAUUUUAGCAAGAAUUUGAGACCUAGUUAUAUCC